AAAAAACAGAAUAGAUUAAAUUAAUUAAAUUUGUAAGUAAAAAUGGACAUUAAUUGCCAAUUAAGUUAAUUGAAGUUUAAUCGAAGAUACCACUAAAUGUUAUGGCGCAAUAUCUAUCUUGUUUUUUUCAAAUAGAAUUUUUUUUUUAGGGAAAAACGAUGUAUUUAGAUAUAAGCUUACAAUUUAAUAAAAUAAAGUAACAUUUCCGUAAACUUUUCCACUUGUUUACAAAACAAUGUAUUGUUCAUCUCUGCAUUGCUUGUAGAGUAACUUUUUUAUUGAUUACAUCAUUCGCCAUUAAUUAACGAGCAUUGCAAUGUUAUCACUAUAUAAUGCGCAAUGUUGAUAUGUUGCAAUAUCAAUACACAUAUCGUGUAUCGAUAAACAGAAGCUUAUGCUGCGCAUGCGCGUACGCUCUUAUAUACGCACACAUACAACUCGUUAAUUUAAAAUGUUAACAGCUCUAAAAUACUGCCUCGGCAUUUUAGUAUUCGAAUUUUUGUUUCCUAAAAUAAAGGAAUCUAUCUUUAAAAGUGUUGUUACAAUUUGUAAAACGGAACGUCCUGUAUAAAAUUAUAUAAAGAUAAAUGUACAGCCGAGAUAUAUGAUAAUCUCGUUGGCAAAAGUUGGCGACACUUGUGAUGGACGCGUCGAGCCACGUCAAGUUGGCUCGCGCGAAGUUAGGUUAGGUCUGGGACGGUAGUUAAGUUGACGGGUUGGUGGGUAGCAAGCGGGCGGGUGGGAUCGUGGGCAGUGCAUCGUAAGGAAAGCGGCGUCUCUGAUCUGGUCUCGACGAAGGUUAACUCCCGCGGCCGCCCCGCGGAGUUGCACUCGCGUUUCGGUCGACGACGAGCGGAACGGUGCGAUGCGGUUUGAGAACGAAUGUGAAGCCGCGUCGAGAUCGCCGUCGUCGUUGUUCGUCGUCGCUUCCUCCGCGCGAACACCACGAGCACCAGUCCCAACGUCACGUCGGUGAACGGUGGCAAAUGGGAGGCGGCGGACACGGUGCGGAAGCGCGUACGUUCCUCUCUGGGCACGCGGCGAGACAUCCGGCUGACCAGUGACGAGCAGUGGUUCUCAAAUCGGGAGCGGUGCGUGAGUACAUAUGUCCUUCCCUUGGGUCGCACUCUCGAGUCCCAUUUGGUCCCGAUUAGUCUGUUCCGACAUGGAUCGGCCUUGUUUGCAGCAUUGCGUCGCGUUGCAUCGCGCCGGCAUCUCCUUUCUUCUCUCCCUCGAGUUAUACUACUCUUGCCCGAGUGUGCGCGACGAGAAGGUUGGGCGUGCGGCUGACUGAGAAAGAGAGAUAGAGUAAGAGGAAGGAAGAGAGAGAGGAGGGGGGGGAAGAAAGACACCGCUCGUGACAUAAUAGCGCCGUUAUAUCCCCAUACGAAGAUUCGGCCCGCACAGUGACGAAUAAGAAGGAGCGAGAGGAGAGGGAGGGGAGGGGGAGGGAAGCUGUGGGGACCCACAGCUGUUCGCAGUCUUCGCGAUUUUGCCGGUGCGCAGGGAGAUCCGCGACAUCAACCCUUUCCUCUUUCUCUGCGGCCUCUCCCCUUCUCCUCCUUCUCUUUCUCUCCCUCUCCCUCUUCCUCUUCCUCUCUGCGCGCCCGUUCGCGUACGUUCGCGAUGUAAAUAUACACGGUCGUUCGGUCCUGUCCGAGUGCUGUGGAUCCGCGCUGUAUUUCGAACAAUUGCGACAAGUGAGAAGCGAUGGUCCGACUGAGAGAAACGUAAAAACCUGCCGUCACCCUGGCGCGCGACAAAUCGAGUCGAAGACCUGGAUCCUCGUCCUCCUCGUCCUCGUCCACGGAAAGGCUGCAAAAGAUGCCUGGGCCAUCGACACAAGAGAGGCCCCGUGCUCACCGGCUCACCGACAUCGAGUCUCAGCCAAAGAGCUUGGGCGGCAACCGGACGGAUGAUUUCAGCACGCCUGUCAGUUCUGGCAGCAACAUGAGCAGUAUCGCGCGCUUUCCGAAACUCGACGAGUGCGCCCACUUUCACUAUGAGCACGUCGAGCUCGGUACACUUGAGUUUGACUUUCAGGUGUCUGUCAACGAGGAUUCCAAUGACUCGGAGAGUUACGCCAUACGAAUAACAUCCGGAGACGCGUGUUGGACGCUACAGAGAUCUUAUGACAACUUCGUCAUGUUUGAUAAGCAGCUUCACCGUUGCAUAUUCGACAGAAAGUUUUCCUCCUUAACAAAGCUUCCAGAUGUUCGGCCAAAAAAUGCCUGUGAUAUACUGAAAGAUUAUUUGAACCGGUUCUCGCAAUUGAAUCAUGAAGGCCUAAACUGUGGUCCAGUAUUAAAUUGGUUGCAACUCGAUAAUAGAGGAAGAAGGAUUCUGGUUCCAGAAUCGGAUUCCUGUCCCAUCAAUACGCCAGCUGUCGCUGCGGCGUAUGCCGUGAGACCUUAUACAGCUCAAGCACAAGAUGAAAUCUCCUUCCAGGUAGGCGACAUGAUAUCCGUUAUAGACAUGCCUCCUCCGGGGGAAAGUACAUGGUGGCGUGGAAAACAUGGAUUCGCGGUUGGAUUUUUUCCGGCUGAAUGCGUUGCCGUAAUCGGAGACAAAGUGCCACGUCACUUGACGGUUUCGACGACUGUCAGAUCGAGGUUACCAGUAAAACCUGUACUCCGGAAACAUGGCAAACUAAUCGCUUUCUUUAGAUCCUUCAUAUUGAAUCGGCCUUCGAGAAGAAGGUUGAAACAAUCUGGUAUUCUGCGAGAGCGGGUAUUCGGCUGCGACUUGGGAGAACAUCUGCUAAACUCUGGUCAAGAUGUGCCUACUGUUUUGACGUGCUGUGCGGAAUUCAUAGAGAAACAUGGUCUAGUCGAUGGUAUAUAUCGCCUUAGUGGCGUAACGUCUAACAUCCAGAAAUUGCGAAACGCCUUUGACGAGGACAGAGUACCGGCGUUGCAUUCCGAUGAGAGUAUAUUGCAAGAUAUCCACUCCGUAGCAUCGUUAUUGAAGAUGUAUUUCAGAGAACUGCCGAAUCCAUUGUGCACGUAUCAACUUUACUCCACUUUCGUCAAUGCGGUUCAAGCUGGCAGCGACGCCGAAAGAUUAAGACGUAUGAGAGACGCGGUUAGAAAAUUACCGCCACCGCAUUACAGGACAUUGGAAUAUUUGAUGCGUCAUCUGGUGAGGGUAGCCGCACGUGGCACAGAAACAGGUAUGACUCCUCGCAAUGUGGCCAUCGUCUGGGCGCCGAAUCUCUUGAGGUGCAAGGAACUAGAAGUAGGCGGUGUAGCAGCGCUUCAAGGUGUUGGGGUCCAAGCGGUUGUGACGGAAUUUCUAGUCUGUUAUGCGGAACUUAUAUUCGGAGACGGUCCAGUUGGCAGACCAAAGUCUUUGGCAAUCACCACGUCCGCGCGAUUGCUUACUCUAGAGGAAGCGCGCAAUAGAAGCCUCAGAGGCGAACCAGAUUACAUAGAAGUAGGGGCGGGUCCAGCCGGUUUACCACUGCGUUAUCAUACUGUCAUAGAACUACCACGCAAGAGAAAUGGUUCGAAACGAUCGCCUUCGCUAAAUUGGAGAGCGCUGUUCGGUAGGGGGGCUAUCGCGAAGACGAGACAAAUUGGUACGCCACCUCAAGCGGAAACGGUGCCAAGCUCCUUGAAUUCCUUGCGGCGAUUGAGACCUGUCAAGAGCGCCGACAGCUUAGACGGCGAGGAUGGAUUGGGACCUCUUUUGGGAGGACCACCUCCCAUCAGAACUUGCGGUCACAGUCGAUCCGUUUCGCAUGACUCAUACUUUGAUCACUUGGCCGACGCGCCCAACGCAUCCUCACCGUUGGAUCUCUCGGAGAUACAACUAAAUUUCGAUCUCGAAGAGCGAGAGAUGAGGAUGCUUUCGGAAGAGGAAGGUGGCGGGAUAGCGUCAGUAGAAGCGUCACCGCGUCGGCAAAGAACCGAAGGAAAUCAAUGCGCCGCCGCUACCGGUGGAUCCAAGAGGAAACGAUCUCGUUUAGAGGAAAGACUGCACUGCGACGUCGAGUUGCGUUUCAUAGACAGCCAAAGUCCCGAUCAGGUGAUGGUAGCAACCAGUGCAGAUAUUCACAGUGUUGACACACCAUCUCCGUUACAAACGCCAGGCUAUCUGCCAUUGUUGUCAGAAGCUUCUACACCAUUAACGCCCGCCACAUUGCAAGGGUCUCACUCCGCAUCGCCGAUACCGGCUAAUAGUCCCAGAAUAAGUUUCCGAAGUUUCACUUUGCCAUUAGAGAUUGGCGACGAACGCGAUGGAAGCGGUACAAAUAAAUUAAAGGAAGCUAGCGUGUCGUCCUCUGACAAGUCAUCGGAGCCUAGCCAUAGAUUAUCCAUAAAUUCAGAGGACCGGGAUAGGGGAUUAGAGACGUGCGAGAGACUCGUAACUUAUGAUGAACAUGCGAAAUUACGCAAUAGAAACGCGACCACGUCGCUCUCGCGCGUUGAAAAUCGAGCAUCGAUUCAAUCGAGUGUGGUCGCCUCGAUUUUCAACGACACAGAGAUGACACCAUGCAAUAGAUUAUCCUCUUCGUGCGAAGCAACUGCGAGCAACGAUGUAACAGGCGGACUGAGCCUGCACUCUGUAGAGAUCUCGUCUAAAUCCUACGAAAAAAGGAAGGAGGUAACCAAAGAAUGUGGCGAAUCUGUCGAUCCGCCGAGUCUCACCACCGAUCUCACCACCGAUUUAUCAAGGUUGCCAUCUAACACGACCGAUCUCGAUUCUCCGAUGUCGUGCGAGCAAACUCUGCAGGAGUUGGACGAGUCCGAAUUCGUAAUCUGCGACAGUUCCGACAAAGUGUUUACUAAUACGGAAAAUCCACGCGCGACAAGCAGCAAUGAUUCCGGCGACUGGGUGAUUGUUGGAAAGACGACGACAAAUUUUACAACACCGAUCAGCGAAUUGACUAGUCCCAAUGAUUCUUUCGUAGAGAGCGGUGGAAAUCCAACGUCGGAGAACGUCCCCGAAACAUUAUUAGAACUUACGUUGCCUGAGACCACGGACGCGUUUAUGGGAGUUGGUGACUCGAUGGAAAGACAUAUUCCGCAAAACGAAAGCGAGGAAAUGAUACUCGAUAUUACAGAUAUGAAGAAUUCAAGUCAUGGGCAUGACCGGGUGGAACCCGAUCCGCAGACGAGUUUCGGUCUUGUAAACGAAGAUAAUCUCGCAGACGAUACCCACUCUCAACUGUGCGAUCGAGAGAACGGCAAUCGUUACUCGUGCACGAUGGACAUUAAUACGAGUGAAGAAUCUAAUGCGAGGGAACAGCGGCAGCAGGUCCAUGCGUGUUACAUCGAGGCAGAUAACGCGAAUGUAUUUGGUACAAAUCGGAACGAGGUGCGCGACGAGAAGGAGCUAUUUGGGGAAACGGAGACUUUCGAGAACUUUCAUCGUCUGAGGGAUACGACCACGCAGCAACGGGAUUGCGCGACGCGCACCUUGCACGUCAUGAACCGUUCACGGUUCACAAGCAAAUCUGGGGAUCAGAAAACGAGCGUUACUGUAACGCGAGACGAUCAUGACAAUGACCAUUGUACAAACGAACUGUCGAAGAAGUGCCAAAGUUUCGGAUAUAAUAAUACACAGAAACAGCAGACUAAUACGCAACAAAUACGUAAAUGCGCUUCCAAACGUAGCGACGAGGGUCAUAAGUGCUCCAGCCUGCAGACUAAUCAAAUGCAGGGCAACAUCCAGAUGAGAAUACCUUCGGAGAACGCGGCCGAGCCGUGCGAAGUAGCGCACGCCCCGGAAGGGGCGUCCGAGCUUAUGGAACGGACGUUGGAUACGUCGAGUACAUUCGCGAACGCCCCGCCUCCGACCAUCGACGAUACGGUGGUUCUUCCCCCACGAGACACCGCAGCGAUCUUGCAGGAAUUGGCCCUACAAAGAUUGUCCGGGGGCGCUGUGGGAGACGUGUCCGCGUCCACGAGAAGAAAAUACGAAAGCGAAACAAUCAGAGAUCGAAGGAGCUUUGAUUCGGAGAUUGGCAGGGAGAUCGUCAGGGAGAGCAAAAUGAGACAGGAGCUGGAUUGCGCGAGGGGCAAGUCCGAGGAGUCAUCGCAUUUGCCGCCUUGUCUGCGAGCGCGUCACGCGCGAGCAACACGAGCGGCGCUGAGUCGUUCCUUGGACGAGGCCAAGUUCAAUCGAAUGACGGGGGACAUCUCGCUUUCGGUGAAACCAACAUCCGAGGACGCGCAGCAUUGCUCGACCCCUAAUGUUGGCACCAGCUCCGGCACCUGUUCUAACGCCCCCGACAAGAUCCAACUAAAGAAUCUCGGCGGCCUGGAUUUGGGAGACCCGCAGUGUAGAGAAAGAAUUGAAAAGUACAAAGAGGAGAGAAGGACGUUCUUGAGAGACAAAUAUCGGUCGGAGAGUUUCCGCGGAGUUUCGUCGAAAGCGGAAGACGACGAGCAGGCAUUAUUAACAAGGUUGAAACAGAGAGCUUCGAGACCUUCUCUUCAUUGAUGAAAUUUGGUCCUUCUAAGACAAAGAAAGAGAAGGAGAACGAUCUUUCGUUCUCUAUAUUAGCGUAAAUGAGUUCUUAAGUAGUUAACGCGUAAUACGAUCUCUACCUGCGUCUUAGAACAAGUGUAAAUUAUAGGGCGGCUAUAAUAUUGAAUCUAAUCAACCACGCGACCAAAUUCCAUAACCCUGUUCUUAACGCCGCGUUUGCUUUUGUUUACGAAGCAGCGAAUAUAGGGCAACUAAUAGGAAUGGUACAUCGAGAGCAGACAUAUAUCUAAAUGAUAAUAAUAGAGAAUGUUAUCUUAAACCACAUAACUUACAACUCAUAUUUUUAUUGAAUUUAUAUUCGAUAUCCCAGGUAUGUAUACGCUAACUUAGGCUUAUUUGUACUACUUGCGAGCGAAUGCCACUGCAUUCGAUGACAUAUUGUUUAUGUAAUUCUGCCAAACGCUCUUUUAGCUAGAUUACACUAAAUCGCUUUCACU